UCUCAAGGUUCGUACGAUUCUGCUUUGUUGUAUUUGAGCUGUUAUAGUAUAUCAGCAUAGUAUUUUAGAACAAUUGUUGAAAUUGUAAGUUUUAAAAGAUCAUUAUAAUUCAUCUUUUCGGUCGACCAGACUCUCUUCUUUACAACUACAAGUACAACAUCGUGUCUUAAAACUUUACGUCGAAAUUAUAUAAAUAUAUUUAUAUGUCUUAUGAUUUACCAUUUACUCAUUUCCAACUAAUUUUUCACACGUUGACUUGUCGUGGUUCCACCUCAAUUUUCCUAAUACAAAGUCUUGAUGUACGUUCUAUUAUCUAACGGUAGCAAUCUGAUUUAUUCUCACAGGAAGAUACUAGUACACUAGUCCAUGAAAUACUGUCGCCUUAAAAGAUGGGCUCUUCUUUUUCUGGGGGUUGGCUUGAUGAUGAAUUCGGGCGGAGAGGGGACUGAACCUCAGUGUCAAUUGUCUCCCUCUAGGAAGAAACAGAGGCGACGCGUUGGAGAAUGCAGAGAAUGCGGUUUUUGUGCAAUGUCGGAUAUCGAGCUAAGAGAGCACGCAUGUUCCGAAGAAAGCAGAAGUGGAGCAGAGUUUUGGCUGAAAGAUGACAACACGAAUUCUUCCAGAGAAACUCCAACGUCUACUGUAGACAAUGAACAUAACGACCAACAUGAACAUCAGGAUGUUAAUAUCACAAGGAGCUCUUCUACAAAUCGGCACAAGAUAACGACCUGUGAUCGAUGUGGUUCUGUGACCCGAAAUGAUCAUCUCGACCGUCAUCAGAAAAGUAUUCGUUGUCGAAUAAGGUGUGAAAUCUGUGGUGUUAAUGUUCAGUCAAAUCUAUUUUCGGAGCACAAUAGUGAGCACUUGAUGGAUCUGAAUCUCCAAUUCCACCAUGCUGAUUCUAUCGAGUCAACAACAAGUCCUUUAGAGGAAUCAGUAGAAGAGGAGUCCGAGUACGGUGAUGUCUACAAGAACUUUGGAAAGUACAUUGGUACAAAAGUUAAGUUAGGAAGGUUGAUGGACCGCUAUAACUUUCAAGUUUCUAGCUUUAGUCCGAGUGAGUUGGUUCAUUUAUUUAAGAAAGUGUUUAGAGCUCAGAAAAACGCUUUUAAGGUGAACUUGUCCAUGGGGUUGAUUCUUCAGCAUAAGACUUCUGGAGAGUACAGAUUCAAUUGGAGUUCACAAAAUAAUCAACUCCUAUUUCUGAAACCAAGUCUUAUUCGUAACUCUACGGAUAAAAACGCUUUCAUCCGAUCGCUGAAAAGUAUUUCUCUCAUUAGUAAAGUCCAACGUCCGAAUACUGAGUGGGUUUUUGUUAAGGUGACUAAUGUUGAGUUCUUCAUUUACAAGCUACCAGGAAUAGCAAUAGGAUCUUCUGUUGAACUACCGCCACAUCUUCUAAAAAACAAGGGUCUUAAUGCUUUGACAAAGGAUAAAAGGGGAAAACCAUACGCCGAUAAGAAAUGCUUCUUCAGGUGUUUGGCGUUACUCCUUAACACGCCUCUAAACGGUUUGGAAAGAGCAACAAACAGACUCUUAAAAAAGUACUGUACAGAAGCCUCAAUUACAAACUUUGACGGUGUAUUCCUUGAACAACUUGAAGAUAUAUCCCGAAUCUUCAACAUUGCGAUCAAUGUUUACACACAAAAGGAAAAUCGUGAUACAGACCUGAUAUUUCGGUCCACACUUGACAGCGAAAAAGUAUUAAAUCUUCAUCUUCAUGAGGACCACUUUAGUUUCGUCAAGGACCUAAACUUGUAUUCAAACUCCUACAGAUGUAAGAAGUGCGAUAAGAUCUGGUCUCAUUCUGGCAAUUUCCAUCGUCACAUUAAAAAUUGUGAGGGAGGUGUGAAGGAGUACUAUGGAAGUGGGGUAUUCACUAUAAAACCUACUAUCUUUGAUGAGUUAGAGUCGAUAGGCAUCCAGGUUCCAAAAGAAAACAGAAAGUUUCCAUAUCUGGCUGCUUUCGACAUCGAAUGUAUGAUUAAAAAUACGGGUCGAGAGAGCUCUGAAAAGAUAGAGUAUUCUGCAGAGCAUGAACUUGUGUCAAUCUCCGUGUGCUCAAAUGUGAAAGGCUUCAAAAAACCACAGUGUUUUGUACUUGAAAAAGAAGGUGAGCAAAAGAAGUUGGUUAAAGACAUGCUUGACUACCUGCUUGAAAUUAGUGAAACAUCAACCAUGAUUUUAAAAGAAAAAUUCGCUGACGUUUUGGAGCAACUUGAAAAUUCACCUUUGCAGGAUAAGUUCGAAUCUUACCUCAGUCAACUUCCUGUUCUGAGUUUUAAUGGAGCAAGAUAUGAUUUGAAAGUCCUUAGGUCUGAGUUAGCUCCCCUAUUGACACAGCUUGACUCUGUCAAGUUUGUGAUCAAGAAAGGGACUGGGUACAUGGUUAUAGCAACAGAAGAGUUGAAAUUUCUGGAUGCGACGUACUACAUAGCCCCAGGUUUUAACUAUGACUCAUUUAUCAAGGCAUAUGGAGCUGCUAGUACUGCCAAAUCGUUCUUUCCCUACGAGUUUCUAGAUUGUCUGUCAAAGCUUGAUUCUAAAGAAUUUCCUUGUUAUUCUGCCUUCUACUCCUCCCUCAAGAACGCAAAUAUGCUAGAACCAUCUGUCGGUCAACAGAAAAUUACAGAUGAAGAGGUUUUGUGGAUCAAUCGUAGUCCUACAAAAUCUGAACCGAUAACAAAAUCGGAGACUCAAACGAUUGGACAAAAGCGUUAUGAUAAUCUCAAGACUAUCUUCGACGAGAGAGACUGGUCUAUCCGAGAUUAUCUUGUUUACUACAACAACAUUGAUGUUGAACCUUUUAUCCGAGCGUUGGAGAAUAUGUCCAUAUAUUACACGGAUCGAAAUGUUGAUCUGUUUAAGGAUGCCGUAUCAGCACCAGGGAUAGCUGAGCGGAUAGCCUUCCAGACUCUCGAGGAAGCCGAAACAUUCUUUCUGUUCAACAAAAAGAAUAAGGAUCUCGUCAAGCUUUUCAGAGAUAAUCUGGUUGGAGGUCCUGCCAUUAUUUUUGAUAGAUUUCAGGAAACAGGCAAGACAAAGAUUCGACAUGAUCCAGACGGUCCUUACUGCGCGAGAAUACUGGGAUAUGAUGCCAAUGCACUUUAUCUAAAGUGCAUGGCUGAAGCUUGUCCUUGUGGAAUGUACUUGAGACGCCAGGCUAUUAAUGGUUUUACCAAGGAAUACCCAUCAAAUCAAUCCUAUGGGGCUACGCAUUGGCUAUCUUCUAUUGAGGAUAAGGAAAAUAUCCAUAUCCAGCACGCUCGUAACGGUUCUGAGUAUCAAGUAGGCAGCAAGAAAAUACGAGUGGAUGGAUUUUGCAAGACGACAAAUACUGUUUAUCAGUAUCAUGGAUGUUUUUAUCACGGCUGCAAUAAUUGCUUCAGUGAUACGAAAUAUGACCGCAAAACUCCUGCUAAAGUUGGAAGUCCUUUGAUGAGCGGCUGAAUGCUACGAAAAACAUUGAAAGCUACAUUCGAGAACAAGGUCAUGAAUUGGUAACGAUUUGGGAAUGUUCCUGGAGAGAACUGUGUAGUAAGCAAAAGCCAGCCAACAAGUAUCAUUACCCUGGCGAAGAAAAAUUUCGAUUGACCGAAACUGAUAUAAUUUCGAUGAUUAAAAAAGGGUCAUUGUUUGGAGCUGUUGAGGUUGAUAUACAUGUCCCAGAUCAUUUAAAAGCAAAGUUUUCUGAGAUGACUCCAAUAUUUAAAAAUGUUGAGGUGACGGUAGAAAACAUUGGUAGUUUCAUGAACAGUUACCUCAACGAGUCUGGUAAAACGUUCUCACCGACAAAGUAUUUGAUUGGGUCUAUGUUCGGACAGAAGAUCCUCCUAAUCACCCCACUACUUCUUUGGUAUUUGGAGCAUGGUCUGGAGGUUACAAAGAUUUACCAAAUCAUUCAAUUCCGGCCAAUAAAGUGCUUUGAGAGAUUCGCAAACCAAGUCUCUGAUGAUAGAAGAGCGGGUGAUGCUGACAGUAGCAAGACUAUGAUUGCUGAGACUUCUAAACUGCUAGGAAAUUCGGUUUACGGCCAUUCGAUAAUGGAUAAGGCAAGGUUCACAAACGUUACAUUUUGCGACCAAGAAAAAGCAAGCAAAAUGGUUAAUGAUCCGUUUUUCCACAGUUUAGAUGAAUUCAGCGAUGAAACUUUCGAGGUUACGAGACUCAAGAAGUCUGUUAAGCAUGAUCUUCCUCUUCAAUUAGGAUUUUUUGUCUACCAACAGGCAAAACUCAAGAUGCUGGAAUUUUAUUUCGACGUGGUUGAUCGCUUUAUAGAAAGGCAGAACUUUUGCCUCCUCGAAAUGGACACGGAUAGUUUAUACCUUGCUCUAAGUGUAAAGACGUUGGAUGAGGUUAUUAAACCUGAUCUUUGGGAAGAAUGGUUAGAAGCAAAGAAAACUUGGUUCCCUAGAACUGAUACUCCUGAAAAUAGGGCCUACGACAAAAGAACACCAGGGUUGUUCAAAUUGGAAUGGCAAGGUGAUGGGUUUGUUGGUCUUAACGCCAAAACGUAUUUCUGUUUUGACAACACAGACCAAAAAAUGGACAAAUACAGCUCUAAAGGUAUUAGCAAAGCCUUUGAGUUGUCCAAAGAAGAUUACCUUGAAGUUCUUCGUACAAAGACCACUGGCGAUCAGGAAAAUAAAGGAUUUGUCUACAAGAACAGUAAAAUGUACUCUUAUAUUCUUAGGAAGCAGGGUCUUACUUAUGUGUACUGUAAACGGAAACUCCAAGCUGAUGGAAUGAGUACAACCUAUUUGGAUGUUUAAACAAUACAUUGAUUACCAUGAAAGAACUUAUUAAUUAUACUGUUACUCGUUUACAGAAUUCAUACUUUACCAACUUAGUAACACAUAGUUUUCUAGAAGUCCUGCACCGACUCAUAUUUUAC